UCAUUCGUGUCAUUCGGUUCUUUAUCAGUAUAAGCGGUGGUCGUCGUUCUCGUGAGAGUCAAGAAUACUGUCAAGUAACUUGAAGUAAAAUUUGAAACUUUUAUCACUAGAUGCCCCAUACAGUAAGACAUAGAGGUGGACGAAAAAUAAGGGAGAAAAAAAUGAGGUAUUUGGAGAAGCUGCAAAGGGGGGAAAUUGUCAACAAUAAUAAUUGUCAAACUGUCAAACCACAAGGGACUAGCAUUCCAACUAUAUGUAAUGAUAAUCUCAAAGAUAAUCAGCAUAAUAAGCCCGAAGUGGAAAGUUUUAAGAAAGAAUUGCUUGUUAAUAUUUUUAACGAUCCACAAUCGUACAAUAUAUGUUUAAGAGAAGAAAAAGAUGUAAAAAUGGAAAGAAAUUCAUCGGAAAUUGAUUUGACAUCAAAUAUGUCAUUUGGGAGCCAAAAUAUAUUGGCUUCCUUUAGUAGGCCUAUAAAUGUGCAACUACUUCAAGAAACAGAAAUACGAAAUGGUAAUAGUAUCAUUCACCAAACUGCAUCUCCAUCAUGUGAUAAUGUAUUUUGGGCAAGUCCUGUAAAACAGACAGAAACACACACAAAUAUGAUAAAUCUAAAUGCGAACGAGCAAUUAGCAAUGAAUAUAUUAAAUGCAUCUUCUGACAGCAUCAACAUGGAUAUAAAUAGCAUUCUUUCACCAGACUAUUUAAAGACAAAUAAUACACAUCGAAUUGAAGAUCCAACAGGACUUAACAGACGACCUCCAUUGUUACCAUUACCACUAUCGAGUGGACAUUGCAGUUCUUCUCCCAUGACUCAAACAACUUCAUCAGUAUUAUCAGCAUCUGCACCAUCUUCUAUACUGACAUCACCAGGCAAUGAAAAAACUAAUUCUUCAGAAAAAAUAAAGAAAGAAACAGUUCCAAGUGGUGCUUUUCAAAGAUAUCUAGUUAAACAACUAUCUAAAAAUAUCAAUCAAAAUAUUCCUAAUUCUGACUGCUCAUUGUCCGAUAAAAUUUUUGGCCAGUUAGUAGGAGUAGAAUUAGAAAAAAUACCCGAACCCGAGAAAUUAAAGCGAAAACAGGCAAUAAUGAAUAUUUUAUGGAAGCCAUAAUUUUGCUUUACAAAAUCUUCUUUUUUAUACUUAAAUUCAGGCAAAAUUGUUAUCUCUUUUUACUAAUAUUUUAUCUCAUAUCACUAACAUAUAUAUAUUAUAACAUAUAUUAAUUAUAUAUUAUAUUAUCUUAUAUUAACACGUUGAAUGCCACGCUGAUUUCCAUCGAUCGUACAAACGCCUAAUUGAUUCAAUUAAAUCACUAAAGCUGCAGUAAAUCAAUAUAAUUCAAGAUACGCAUCUGUUAGCUUGUUUCAUUAGCUCAUUACUGGCUGUACAACCUAUUUUGUAGAUGCAAUUAAUUAUACGUCACACGUAAUUUAAUAAAACGCGGUAACAUCAUAGCGCCGGUCACCGGUGACCCCCGUGGCAUUCAACGUGUUAAUAUUUGAACGAGAAAACCAUGACGUAUUUUCUGCUGAUAUUGUAUGUUUUUAAUAAACUAUUCAACCAA